AGAGGGGGGUUAGCAAAAACAAACAGCUGAGGGGGGUUGGCAACAAGAUGGCGGCGGCACGGCGGAGCCGUUUAGGGUCUUUCCUCCUGCUGGUCGCUCUUGGCUCUGAGGUGGCUUGGGCUGACCCGGAGCCCGCUCCGAAUACCCUUUCCGAGGCUUUUGAGCCGGCGUUGGGAAGUACGGUUUUGUGUCAGCGGACGUGCCAGAGCACUUACCCGCUCCAUACUUACCCCAAGGAAGAAGAGCUCUAUGCAUGUCAACGAGGUUGCAGAUUAUUCUCAAUUUGUCAGUUUGUGGAUGAUGGAAUUGACUUGAAUCGGACCAAAAUGGAAUGUGAUUCUGCGUGUACUGAGGCAUAUACCUCUCAGUCUGAUGAACAAUAUGCUUGUCAUCUUGGAUGUCAGAAUCAGUUACCGUAUGCUGAACUGAGACGUGAACAACUCAUGUCCUUAAUGCCAAAAAUUCAUCGGCUCUUCCCACUUACCCUUGUAAAAUCAUUCUGGAGUGAUAUGAUGGAAACUGCCCAUAGCUUCAUUACCUCCACUUGGACUUUCUAUCUUCAAGCUGAUGAUGGCAAAAUACUGAUAUUCCAGUCAAAGCCAGAUGUUCAGUACGUACAAAGUCCUGAUGAGGAAAACCAAGAUUUGAAAGCAUCACUUGCCAAAACAUCUUUAGACUUACAAUCAGGAGGUCCACAUGCACAUAAAGGAUCUUUUGAUGACGAUGAAACUGAGAGUUUCUUCAGAUGUAUUUCGCUAAAUUCUGGUUGGAUAUUAACAACCACUCUUCUCCUCUCUAUACUGGUAUUGCUUUGGAUUUGUUGUGCAACUGUUACUACUGCUGUCGAACAGUAUGUUCCAUCUGAGAAGCUGAGUAUCUAUGGAGACUUGGAGUAUAUGAAUGAACAAAAAUUGAAUCAAUAUCCAACCUCUGCUCUCAUGAUAGUAAAAUGUAAAGCUGAUGAACAGGAAGCAGGACCUCUGCCUACAAAAGUUAACUUAACUCAAUCAGCAAUAUAAAAUGGAAAAACAGAUGUAUUAAUCUAAUUCUUAGACUUCUGUUAAUUCUGGUGGCUUUUUUAAACUUGAAGAGGCUUUGGGGGAGGGUGGUAAGUCUUCAGAUUCAAACAAAGUUGCAAAAUCAAAGAAGGAAUGAAAUUCAGCCUCUUUCAGCAGUGAAGCAAAUCCCAUUGGGUACAAAGAGUUUGUAGUGCAUUUACACUUGUCCACAUUUUCUUGGGUUACUAAAAGUCAUAAGUAUUUGUCUAUGCAUUGACAUUUGUGUAUUAUGAACAUAUGCCAGAAAAUAUAUUUGGAAUCUGUUUCAAAAAGUGUAAUAAUUUUUUGGUAGUCAAAAGCACUUUAAGUUAUCUUAGCUGUGGAUAAAUUAAAUGACCUUAGCAUAGCUUGCAGACUUUUUAGUAUUUCAAAUAUUUUUUUUCCACAACUAAAAAUACGUUUUUGUUUAACCUUAUACCUGUUUCCUCUGCUGAAAUAUUUGUGGGUCAGAAAUAAACUUAAUAAAAUCCCUCUAUAUAUUAGGGUGUCACUUUUGCAUUCCAUUCCAUAAUAGCUCUUAUAAAAUUAGGUAGCAUUCUUUGCAUGAAAGUUCUCCUUCAUGUUUGUCAUCUCAAGCUGAUGGUACCACUUUUCAAAAACUUUACUAAAAAGAAUAUGGCUUGAAAUCUUCCUGUACUAUUUGACUUCAUCUAUGCAAUAUUUAUCAUGAACUUAAUGGACACAUAACUGGAAAACAUGAUUUCAUGUUAUGAAAAUGGAUUUUCCUAUAGCUCUGUCAAAAUUUCUUCCCUAGCCAACAAUUUUUAUGUUCCAGAGAAGGCAAUUGAAAGCUAUUGCUUUUAAAAUUAAAUUUGAUACAUUAAUGCAUGUUACAGUGGAAAUUUGUUUACUGUUAAAAAAAAAAAAAAAAAGGUUCCUAAAAUCAACUACAAAAGGCUGAAUAUUAUCUCCUGGACUGUUUUUAAAAGACAAGUAUAACUAAUGAAGCAUUAGCUCUUAGGAUAUAUGA